AGUCAGCACCGGCCCAACUUCCUCCGGAGUCCCUGGGAGGGGGACCCCCCCCAGGGCCAGCGGGCUGCACUUGGCCCCCUCUCCAGACCCGAUGGAGGAGGAGGAAGAUGAGAUGGAGGAGCAGGAGGGGAGCUCUCAGUCUGAGGGACCCAGACUGGUGAUCUCCAUGGAUGGGGAUUCAUCACAGUCCCCUUCUCCGCCAAAGUGGAACUCUCCUGUUCCUCUGGACGGGCAGCCCAAGCUGCAGCAGGAGGAAGAGGAACCAGAGGAGGAGGAGGGAGACCAGGAGUUCCAGGUGCAGACGUUGAGGAUCCCAGCAGAUGGGGACUCAUUGGACUCUGCCACUUUCCCAGAGGAGCUGUCGGAGGAGGAGGAGGGAGAUGAGGAGGAAGAGGAGCUGGUAAUCAGAAGGGUGAAGGCAGAGGAGGAAGAGGACCAAGAGUUGGAGCUGGAAUCGGUGGCACGCCGGGGCUCGCUGCCUGCGGAGGAGCCAGUGGUGGAUUCGGAAGUGCGGGUGGAGCCCAAACGUGAGGGGCAGAAGCUGAGGAUCCCAGUGGCGGGGAAUUCGCCCGUCCUGCAACUGACAGCGUCCUCGGGAGGUGGGGGCAGGGCGAGGGCACCGAUACCGGAGCGCUCUAACACUUGCAUGGAGUGCGGCAAGAGCUUCAGCCGUCGCUCCAAUCUGGUGAAGCACCAGAUCAUCCACACCGGCGAGAAGCCCUUCUCGUGUGGGGAGUGUGGACGCAGCUUCACCCAGAGCUCGGCCCUUACCAAGCACCAGCGCACCCACACCGGGGAACGCCCCUAUGUCUGCGGAGAGUGCGGCAAGGCCUUCACCGCCAGCUCCAACCUGCUGCAGCACCAGCGUUUCCACACUGGGGAGCGCCCCUAUGUCUGCGGUGAGUGCGGCAAGGCUUUCAGCCAGAGUUCCAAUUACAAUCUGCACCGGCGCACGCACACCGGCGUCACCCCCUACCAGUGCGGCGUCUGUGGCAAGCGCUUCACUGGCAGCUCCUGCCUGGCUCGCCACCGGCGCACCCACACCGGUGAAAAGCCCUACCAGUGCUCCGAGUGCGGCAAGCGCUUUUCCGGCAGCUCCACCCUGGUCAACCACCGGCGCACCCACACCGGCGAAAAGCCCUACGGCUGUGCGGAGUGUGGCAAGGCCUUCACCCACCAUUCCAACCUGGUGGACCACUGGCGUGUCCACACCGGCGAGAAGCCCUACAUCUGUGCUGAGUGCGGCAAGAGCUUCCGGCUCAGCUCCCACAUCAUCCGACACCGGCGCACCCAUGCCAAUGCCAGCCCUGCCAGUGCCAACGGGGCUGACCGCCUGUACAUCUGCAGCCAGUGUGGCAAGGGCUUCCAGGUCGGACCCAGCCACCUGCAGCAGCAAGCCCACCAGGAAGAGGGACCCUAUAGCUGUACUGAGUGCGGCAAUAGCUGCUGGACGUAGAGGGGCGGAGCCUGUUGCAGGGGCAGGGCUCGGCACAUCCCCCCCACCACUCCAGGCACUUUGUACACCCACAGGUUGUGGGAUCGGUUCCUGUGGGGGGGGUGGGAAUUGGAUCCUGCCGGGGGUGGGGCUUGGAGCACAGCUUGUGGUCCUGUCCCUUGCUCCAGGAACAGGUGCAGGGAGUGUGCCAUCAGCUGCUGGAGGGAGUGGGACUUGGUGCUCAGCCAGCUGCCACGCCCCCAGUUCCAGGGUCCACCUGUGGGAUGAGCUCCCACGGGGUGGGGCGGGGUUCCCACACAGGGAUGGAGCUCUGCCAGCAGCAGUAGAAGGACCGGGAGUGGUGGCUGGAUGCAGAGGGAGAGCAGGGUCCUGCCCAGUAGGAGGAAGGUGGAGCCCAGCCCCUCUCCCCCAUGGCAGGGAGCCCCCUGCCUCCCAAGCUCCCUCAUUUCUGUGAAAUUGCUUCUGCUAGGGUGAGGCAAUAGAGCCAUGGAGGGAAUUGUGGCGGGUGAGCAGCUGAGUUGUAAGGUGGGGUCCCCCGUUGUCCAUCUUCCCAUCUGUACUGGAAGGAGCAGACUUGGAGGGCGGGGAGCUGAAUUAUGGGGGUGAGGAGUGAGUUGGGGCUAGUGGAGGGGGGAAAUAAGGGUGCCACAAAGUGGGGGGGUGGGGGAGAGAACAGAUCCCUCUCCCUUCUGAGCCCAGGCCACACUCCGAUGGGGCUAUGCCACUGUGACUGAGAAUCAGUGGAAGGGGCUGACUAGGAGGCAGGGACCUCAGAUCUGCUGGCGAGCAGGUGCUGGGGACUUCAACCCUGUUUCCCUGCCCUCGUGCUGUGGGCUGAGUGCAGAGGGGAUGAUAUUUCAGGGGAAUCAAUAGACUAAGAUGCAGUUUGGAUCUCCAGGAGGUGACCCACCUGGGAUCUGAUUCCCCUGCACUGGGGGUCACAAGGGAGCCUCGAAAUUGAUGCCUGGUGGAUUUCUCUGAGGAUGAUUCCCCCAAGGCUGGGUCUGUGGCUGGAGAGCAGAGCGGGGAAUGGAGGGAUGAUGAUGCCCCUGGGGCAGUGUGGGGAUGAAGCUGCCCCCUAGCGUGGAAUC